AUGACGGAACAUUUCGUCUCAGACAACGAUCCCUUCGAGCUGUCUAUCUCUACUAGUCCCUUCGGAAGCAUCGAGCGCAAUGUUGGUGGGUUCAUGCACGAUGAUUUGGGGGUUCCCAACGUUGUCAAAAUCGAUGAGAAGUUCCUGAUCAAUCCUCACCACCUCUAUGGGCACAUGAUCAACGAAGGCCCGUACUCAAUCGUCUAUGAAGGAUUCUAUAAAUCCAAGCCUGUUGCGAUAAAAGUGAUACAGCCAGACAGAACAUCAGCCGUGAGUCCAGAACGGAAAGGAAAAUUUGAGAGGGAGGUUCUUAUGCUAUCCAGAGUCAAGCAUGAAAAUAUUGUGAAGUUCAUUGGUGCCCAUUUCGAACCAACAAUGAUGAUAAUAACAGAGCUUAUGAGAGGUGGUAUACUUUAGAAGUACUUGUGGAGCAUCCGUCCUAGUUGUCCAGAUCUGAAGCUCUCUAUAAAUUUUGCAUUGGGAAUUUCUAGAGCAAUGGAAUAUUUGCAUGCAAAUGGAAUCAUUCACCGUGAUUUGAAGCCCGGUAGUAUACUUCUCACAGAUGACAUCAAGAAAAUCAAGCUAGCCGACUUUGGGUUAGCAAGGGAUGAAAUAGAAGGAGAUAUGACAACAGAAGCCGGUACUUACUGAUGGAUGGCUCCUAAGUUGUUCAGCAUAAACCCACUGAAACUGGGGGUGAAGAAGCACUAUGAUCAUAAGGUGGAUGUCUACAGCUUUUCAAUGGUUCUGUGGGAGUUGCUGACAAACAUCACUCCAUACAAGGGGAGGAAUAACAUAAUGGUGGCAUAUGCUACAGCUACUGACCAAAGGACUAGCAUUGAUAACAUCCCAAAGGAUAUUGCGCCCUUUCUGCAGUCUUGUUGGGCAGAUGACCCAGCAGAUCGACCCGAAUUCAUGCAAAUGACAGACUUUCCGGCAAGCCUUCUCCAAAUCAUGUGCUCAACAUAGACCACACCACCAAAGAUAUUUGAGAUUGAACAUCCAAAAGGUAAAAUGACCGCAGACGCUCCAGGCACCAAUUGUCUAACGAACAAGUCCAAAGAUACGGAUAAGGGAAGGAGUCAAUCCUGUGGCUGUUUGAGUUGUUUUCAUGACUGUUUCUCUUAUGAGCUGAGAGACUGUUCUUAGGCCUGGAACUAGCAUGAUACAUUGAUAAUGCUUUUUUUUUUUUUUUUUUCUCUCUUUCCAAAUUUCUCCCUUAUAAAUAUAGAAAAUUAUGUCAAAACAUAGUAUAGGAAGUUAGGAACUUCAUAAUGCAUAUAAAAAUAGAAGAAAAGAAAAAUGAAAGAUUUAUGCAAUGCCCUUGCACAGUUUCUGCCCUCUCUUGAUUCAAGUUGAGUUGUGCUAAGUGUUCAUAUUUCUCGUGUUAUUGAUGUUCAUGAAAC